AUGAAGAUCCUCGAGACCCAGUCGGAGGUUCUCAGCAACUACGACGUCCUCAAGCACAUCACUGCCGUGCAAGCAUCCUACGCCGCACGAGACCCCAUAGGCAACGCGCGCGCAAGCAUGCCCUCCAACCUCGCCGCAAUCCUCAAAGAUACCCAAACCUACCUCACAUCCCCGACCCAGCCCUUCGCCCCGGCCAACGGCGCCGCCUACACAGACGCGGCCUUCCGCGCCGUGUUCGAGCAGAUGCCGCCCUUCGCGAAGAAGAACCUCACGAUGCCGGAGAUGCUGCAUAUUGUCAACCACCGGCCGACGGAUGUUCAGGCUCUGGAGUGUCUAAUCGAGGAGGCGGAGAACAGGUUUCAGGUGGAGCAGUUGGAAGAGAUCGUUGCUGUUGUCGUGGGGUGUUUGGGGGAGGGGGCGGGGAGUUGA